UCAUGCAAAUACAUGUCAAAACUUCCCGAGAAUCACUCCGGAGUGACAAGAAACUCUUCUGGUGGCGCCAGUGAUCAAGGGAAUAAAUAUUGUGACUUUGGACUAUAUAGAAGACUUGUAUAUGAAGCGUUUAUUGCUCUUGGUUCGAGGCUGAACAUAGCAAUCUCGCUUUGAAUUGACUUAUGCUACUGCCUGCCUCUGACAGCUUUGCAAGAUACCACUUGACAUUAACCCAUCCAAGAAAGAAUGGCCAGUCGAGUCUAGCACUUGAACUUCAUAGACUUCCACUCAUCUCCAAUGUUGAAGCAGUCAUAGAGAUUAAGGCCCUUCUGGGAACAGCCCUGGCAGUUCUUCUGCCUAUAUCUAAUCACUAAAGUAAAAGCUGCUGCUUUUCCUUCUCUCUGCCAUGCUAACAGCAUGGUCUGCACCAGCCAGGUCUUUGAUGCAAUGCCCACUCUGGAAACCUUUUCUGGAUCGCUGGGUAUGGCAUGUAGUGGUAGUCUAGAACCUAGCCGUUACCUCGGCAGCUCGGCUCUCGAAAUGAGACUUUAAGCCAGCGGGAAGGGUGUCAAUAGGGUUGGCUAGGGCUGGAGCAGCGAGAAAAGCAAUGGCUGUGGUGAUGAAGACGUUGAAGGGCAGGUUGGGCAGGGGGGUUGGUAUACAAGUCCAGAUGAAGGCAGUGUUGGAUAAAGAUGAAGUCGGAAAGAUGAAGAGUCAUUCAGAUGUUUAUAGUCGCGAUGUCCUGGGAGGAGGAGGUUUAGCAAGCGUGGCUCCCUUGCCUGCUUCAUGCAUUCAACAUGUUGUGGCAAUCAAUAUCACUACGCCGCUUGACUGCAAAUAUACGGUGUGCUCUGGCGUCCAUUCAGUGCGAGGAUAUCAAUAUCUGCGGUUUACUAACUUCCGGAUUAAUACGGCUCCCGAGAAAACGUUCCUGAGGAAGGCUGCAGGAACUGCAAUAGUGACUGCAAUCAGCAGUCUGUAUAAUGGUUUUAUUUGAACCCGCAUAAAUGGCCCCCAAGAAACAAUGCUGGGACCUCAAUGGAGCUGAUACGUACUGCAUAUAUCCCGCA